UGCUGACGUGUCAGCUCCUGCGUCCCACUGCUCAUGCUCCGGCGGCGGCGGAGUCAAGUCCGGCUACACUAACUGCCAACAUGGCAGCAAAACAUUUUUACCGUCUAGGCUUUUUAUUAUUAGUUUUAUUUUAUUUAAUACCAACUGCAGCCUUGGAGAGGAGAUUCUCUGACUUUAAAAGAUGCGCAGACGAGGAGUGCAGCAUGCUUCUCUGUCGGGGGAAAGCGGUUACAGAUUUCUCAGGACCUGAUUGUCGGUUCCUUUCCUUCAAAAAAUCAGAAACUGUAUUUGUUUAUUACAAGUUAUCAGGAAGGAGGGCUGACCUUUGGGCAGGAAGUAUUGGAAGCAACUUUGGCUAUUUUCCAAAAGACCUUCUUGCAGUAAACCACCUUUACACUGAUAAAGAACUUGAAGUUCCCACAGAGGAAACAGAUUUUGUCUGUUUUGAAACAGGAUAUGAUAAGUUUGAAACCUAUGACAUAGAUAAAUUGUUAGGUUUCUCUGCAGAAAUAAAGAAUGUUGAAUAUAAUGCAACUUCUGAUCAAAUCCACGAAGAAGAUGUUGCUCAGAAGGAAAUGCAGCCUUCAGAAGACUUGGUGGAAAUCAAAAAGGAGCCAGAGCACCACAGCACCACAGAAGUCAUCAGAAACACAGAAGUACCACAAGAAGUAUUGACGUCUUUACCACAACUGGACACAUUUACUGAGUCCACGUUAAGGGCUGAUGUAGAGUCUAAUUCAGAGUUGGUGCCAAAUGCUACUGAAAGGAACAACUUUGCCCUUGAGCCUUCUCAAGAAAAUGAAACCAAAGAUUUGUCCACUAAAGCAGAAGUGGAGUCUGUGCCUGAAGAGGAAGUUGUUGACAAACCAGCAUCUGUGUCCGAAACGGUGCAGAUCCCUGAGUUAAAAACUACCCUCGGUACAACUUUUGACGCAGUGACUUCUGAUGACGAGACCACCAAUAAGGUUACCCCUCAUGUAGAGGAGGACACUGAAGAUGUUGAUGAUCCUCCAGAAGAGGUCAUAGAAGAUCAAAAAGAAACCCCUCUGCUGUCUUUCUCAGAGGAGACGGUGGCCACUCCAGCCCCAGAGACUGUUACGGAGCCUACAGCCCAGAUAGAUGACCCAACUCCAACACCGGAGAAAAACAUGUGGACAUCACUUGGAGAUGCUGUGUUUUCAGCUGUCACUGGUGUGGAAACUACAUCUGAAGAUGUGGAUUCAGAGGAAGAAGAUGAUGAGGAAGAGGCUGUAGAAACCCUACAAAGUUUUAAGGAAAAAGAACCACCUUCACCAGAAUCCCAAAACAAUCCAGAGCACAUGGAGCCAAUGCCUGAUUCUUUUCCUGAGUCCAAACUGUUGAAUCUGGGCGAAAUUAGCAGCGAUUCUAAUAAUCUAUUGUCUGAGAAGGAUGAGGAGAGACGGGCUGAAGUAGAAGAACCACCAGAGGAACCUGCACAUCAUCAAAUGGUCAAUCAAGUGUUGGGAGAAGAUGUUUUCAGCAGCACAGAUGUUGAAAAGCAUAAUAUUGAGCUUACUAAACCGAUUGAAGACGAAAAUGAAGUUUCAACGCAUCCAGAGAACGAAUCAAAUGUUCAAGACCGUGUUACAGACCAGGUUCCACUUGGUACUUCAAUCGAAAGCAACACUGUGAAUGAUCAAGAGUCAGUCGACCCAAAACACGAGAAGGAUCUAGAAGUUCCUACUGACGGAGGGGAAUAUAACGACUCCAAUGUUCAAGGUCACAAUGUCGUUAGUGACACAUCACCUGAUCGCAGAGAAGAUCAGUCAGUGAUGGAUGAGGAAAUUAAUAGCAGUUCUGCAGAAUUAGCUGCAGAAAAACCAGAGACCCACAAGCAGCAAGAUGAAGAUAAAAACCAACCAGAGACUGAAGAAACUGAGGAGGAACAGCUACUCGAGGACGAAAAUGCACUUUCCUUCUCACACAUGAACGGAGGACCCUCAGACGAACCGUCACCUGAAACAACAGAGUCCCUUGUGUCAACUCCAGAACCAGAAUACAGUGAAAGCAUCAUGAGACUUACGUUGCUGAGAGAACACUUCACUGAGGACAAAUUGGAGCGCCUACACAAACUUCUGGGUCUUAAAAAUCUCUUCAAAGUGGAAGCCAUGUUCUCUGAUCUGGACACAGAGUUGCAGGCGACCCGCUUGUCCGACGGUGGCACCACACAGGACAUCGAAAAUGUCCUGGAGAACAUCCUGGAAGCAUCUGAGAAUUCCAUCUUGGAUGAGAUUGAGAAGAUGAUGGAUAACCGAGACAAAGAGCGAGACCAGAACAUCCACGUGGACCCAGACAGUUUCGAUGAGGAGGCUGAGCUGUUGGAUGAUUUUCAGGAGCUUGCUUUUAGCCUGCGACAAAAGUACUCAACAGUGAGUGACAGCACGCCUUUAGCGGACGAAAAGCCACCAGCCAACAAUCGGGAUGAACCACUGGUAAAUACUGAAGAACCUAUAGUCUAUGUUGAGGAGAAAAAACCUGAAACCAUGUCAGAGAGCUAUCGAGACCCAACAGGCGCCCAUCAAGAGGGUGUCCUGGUAAAGGCUGAAGAGAAGGAGGAGAUCCCAGAAGAGGCUGAAGAGAAGGAAAACAUCCCAGAAGAGGCUGAAGAGAAGGAGGACAUCCCAGAAGAGGCUGAAGAGAAGGAGGAGAUCCCAGAAGAGGCUGAAGAGAAGGAAAACAUCCCAGAAGAGGCUGAAGAGAAGGAGAACAUCCCAGAAGAGGCUGAAGAGAAGGAGAAUAUCCCAGAAGAGGCUGAAGAGAAGGAAGACAUCUCAGUAAAGGAUGAAGAGAAGGAGGACUCUCCAGUAAAGGAUGAAAAGAAGGACAUCCCAGAAGAGGUUAGAGAGAAGGACACUCCAAUAAAGGCUGAAGAGAAGGAGGUCUUUGUGGAGGAGGUGAUGGUUGUGUCAGACAUUAGCUCAAAGGAGGACAGCGAACACUACAAUGAAACCAAAGGCGAUCUGCAGAGUUUCAGUCCGACGGAUAAGAUGCAGAGGGCCUCUCAAAACACUCUGGAAAGUCCUCCAGACGUGAGCCUCAUACCUGAGCUUGAGCCUUCAUUUACAGAGGGAUCCAUGGAGACAGAAGAGCCAAAAGCAGAAAAACAAGAGGAAGGAGUGGGAUCAUUCACCACUGGAGUUGUUUUUGUAGGUGUCGUUGUCUCAGUAAUCCGGAAUAAAACUGAAGAGUGGACCACUGUGAUCAUCUCAUUACUACCAGAAGAGUGGAAGCCGGGGGAAACGCUGUUUGGCUGUCCCUGGCAGGCUGUUGUUAUCACAGCUUUGGUUGGAGUGCUGACCUUCACGAUCUUCUUCUGGAGAACCAUACUAGCAGUGAAGAAAAGAGAAUAUCUAUUGGAUGAACAGAAGCUCAAAGAUCAAAUUCAGGCUCUCAAAAAAGAGAAGACGGAUGCUCUGGCUAAAAUAUCUGAGCUCCAGAAGCAAGCCAAAGAAUUUAAAGAACAACAGAAACAGACUAAAGAAACUUCUAGUUGCACGAAAAAAAAAGUGCAGGACUUGGAGGGCAAGGUUUCAGAAAUGGAAAAACGUAAUGAAAGACUUGCAGAAGAAAGAAAGAAAUAUGCAGAACUCCUCCAGGAAGAACGGACAACCAGUCUGCAAAAUGAAACCAGGAUUGAAAAAUUGGAGAAGUCAAACGAGAAGUUGCAAAUUAGCAGGAAGAAGAUUCAAGAAGCGCUCGCUAAGACUACCGUCCUCCUGGAUGAAGUUAAGAUUCGAGAAGAUGCACGAAGCGCUCAGCACAAAUGUGUGCAGAAAGAAUAUGCAGCAUUGAAGGAAGAGAACAAAACUCUCAAGGCUACUAUUAAAAACUGGGAGGACAAACACAAGGAGCUGAAUGAGAAGAUCAAAGUCUACCAAAAGUCCCAAAAAGAACUGGAAGACUCUGUAGUGCUCAAAGAUCAUAACGUAGAGGUUCUGUCCCAGCUUCUGGCAGAUCUAGAUGCUUGUGAUCCACAAAAAGGGGAGAUUUCUGUUUUAGCCAAUGGGGAGAUGACAGCUGAUAAGAAGACAGUUAUAAAAAACAGAAUCAAACAAAUGUUGGAUGUUUCCAGGGUCCAGACCACUCUCACCGUCAUUGAAGAGGAGCGAGAUCGCUUCAUGGCAAAACUCCUGAAUGAAGAAAAGUCCAGGAAGGAGCUGGAAGAAAAGCACCAGGAGCUGGAACACACCAUCGGAGCCCUAAAAAGCGAUAAGAGCCACAUUGAAAACCAGCUUAAGAUCCUUAAGCAGAAAAAUGAAAUCAUGGUUGAGAUGUACCAGCAGAAAGAAAACGCUCUACAGCAGAGGUUAACAAAGGAGGAACUGGAGCGCCGCAGCAAAGAGAAUCUGCUAACGGAGGUGGGAGAUAAAGCCCUGGAAGCAGAGGAGCAGGUCAAAGUCUUAAGACAGCGGAUCAGCGAGAUGGAGGAGCAGAUGAAGAAGACGGAGCACGUCUACAAGGAGCAGAUAAAAGAACAGGAAAACAAGACUCAUUCCAACUGGGUGAACGCUCGGAAUGCAGAGCGUGCUCUAAGUCAGGAGAAGAUCGAAUCAUCCAAAUUGCGAGAAAAACUUGCUGUUAUCACCUCCCAGCUUAACGAACGCCGCGCUCCUCUCUUCAGGCCAAACUCGGGUCAGGCUGCAGGCCCCCGCCAAGGUGAUUCUUAUGGGCCCUCUCCUGUGAGUGGGGGUGCUCCAUCCCCUCCUAUAAUGAUCGAGGGCCCCAGGCGCCCUCCUUCUGCCCCAGUGGGGCGAAGAAUUGAUCCGUACGGUCCUCGUCCUCCAUCGGAUCCACACGGUCGUUUCUCGGAGAGCAGACCCGCUCCUGGGAUGGACAUGGUGGGCCCUCGCAGCUCAUCACCAGCACAGCUGGACUCAUCCACACAGCCAGUAGAAGCUCAGGUAGAAACAGACAGUCAGGCUGUGGCUUCCACAGAGAGUCCAGAGCCAGGGCCUGGCUCCUUCAUGGUAUCACCCAUCAGAGACUCGCCCGGUCCCAUGGUUCCAGGACCGCCGCCCGGCCCCGGACCCUAUGAUCCACGUCUCCCUCCACCAGGGCCUUACAGGCCGCCACGACCGGGCCCGUACCAGUUCCCACCGGGGCCUUUCCCGCCAAAUGUGCGCGGUCUUCCUCCCCCAGCCAAUGGGCACCCAGGAAAACCCCUGCCUGGACCUAUAGGGGGAGAUUUUGGACCUCCGCCUGCCAAUGGACACGCAUACAUGCCCAGAACGGGCCACGGGCCUGUGAUGGAUCCACGGGGUCCUCCACCUCCACACUUCCGUCCUCCACCACCACACCACCCGUUUGGACCAAUGCCCCCACCACACGUUCUCCGCGGCCCGCUGGGACCUCGUCCUGACCUGCGGUUCCCAGGUCCCCGAGACGCGUACGGCCCCCCGAUGGACCUGCCUCCCCACUCUGCCCCUGUUGGUGACUCUUACCCCCCCCAGAACUCGGCGGGGGCUCAGGGAGGCCCUGGACCGGGCCAGCAGGGGAAGCAGGAGCCCCCUCAGGACUCGAGGCCAGCAUCGGUCCAACCUUGAGAAAAACCUUGAAAAAAAACGCCCCAGGAGAGGAUUUAAACUCAUCACCCCCCCCCCCAAUAAAGAAAAAACUCUGAAAUGCAUCCAAGGUGCAGUCCAACAUGGUGAUUUUCAUGUUUCUGUUAGACUUUACAUUUCUUUAUUAAAACAACGUCUUUAGGAUGAAGAAAAAUCGGCGUCUAAAUUCAUGACUUGAAGUUUGCCACUUGGAACCUUCUGUGCAAUAACGUAGAAUCUGUCCUUGAAUGUGAUGAUCUUUACGGGGCAUUCCUUUUUAGUUUUCUGUUGAUUUUUUUGUUUUGUUUUUGUUUUUAAGGAGAAAACCAGUAUUGGGUGGGUGGGGAAGGGGGGGUCCAGCUUCUAACAUUUCAGGAAAACCAGUUUCCAAAAAUGAUUCCAUCAGUGUAAACAGCAAACGUGUCGUUUUAAAGGAAAAUGUAUCACAUAUUUUACUACUUUGGUAGAAAUUUUAAUAAAGAAUGUCAGAUCUCUCAGUGUUCUGUUCUGAAAGCA